CACCAGGUGGCAGACCAGCUGAUGAACAACCAGACGGUCGACGCCAAGCAUUUCGAAUCGGUCACCAUAUAUUUUAGCGACAUAGUGGGGUUUACGGAGAUAUCGGCAGCCAGCCAACCGAUUGAGAUCGUUUACAUGUUGAAUUCACUCUAUAGCGGAUUCGAUGGACUAAUAGAAAAAUUUGACGUGUAUAAAGUCGAGACAAUAGGAGAUGCGUACAUGGUGGCGGGCGGAGUACCCAAACCAACAACAGAUCACAUGGUACAGAUAAGUGACCUUGCCCUUUGCCUGAUGACCUUCACCACCAAUUACGUCAUACCCCACAUGCCAGAGAGGAGACUGCUGCUGAGAAUUGGACUGCAUACCGGAUCUGUCGUGGCUGGAGUUGUAGGUUUAAAAAUGCCAAGGUACUGCCUGUUCGGCGAUACUGUUAACACGGCAAGUAGAAUGGAAUCAUCGGGACAACCAAAAAGGAUACACAUAAGUAAGAGUACAAAAGAGGCACUAGAUCCCUACGAUAAGUUCCUUACUGAGCCAAGGGAAGCCACAGCCAUCAAGGGCAAGGGAGUUAUGCAAACCUAUUGGCUUCUAGGCAUCAAAAACGCACCGACAGCCGCUGGAGGGACCACAUCCGGAAAAGUUUUAAUGUUUGAAAAUUAG